ACCACCAACUGAAGCAAUUCUCAGAUAACCCCACUUUUUCUCACUCACUACUUAACCCAAAAAACGUGUUUUUGCAUUUAUUUUUUACUCGAAACGACACUAUUAAGUUAUUCAAGAUGAAUAAACCGUGGAAAAAAUACCUCCUGUGGUUUGCACAGGAACAUAUCGAAUUUCGCUUCGAAGAGAUUGAUUCGUUACUUUCCAUGUUUCAAAUUAAAAUGAGACACUUCAAAGAACCAGAUAAUACCGCGCCUUAUUGGAUCGUUGAAUUUGAGUCAGAAAGUGAUUUGAAACGUUUAGUUAGCAGAUCUGUCUCGAUUAGAUCAUGUAUGGAAUUGUGGGCACAUGCGAAAGAUAUCCAGAGUUUACACUGUCAGUUACAGAAUUUCCCAAAACAGUUAAUGGAGCCUUACUUUCAACCCCAUUUGUCUUUCAAAAUUGAAGUGGAAACUUUUUGUCGCCACUUCAGCCAAAAGGAAAAAAUUAAUAAGCUUGAAAGUUUUAGUUAUCUGCCUGUCCAAGGCCCUGUUAAAUUAAAAGAUCCAGAUGUUUGUUUACAUUACAUUGAAUAUUACGGAACAAGGGCUAAUGACCCACCUGAAAACCCUUACGAUGUGUUUUUUGGCAGAUGGAUAGCUAAUGGUUUGAGACAAUUAAUCAGGAAAUUGUCGUUAAAAACUCGGAAAUUUAUUGGAAACACUAGUAUGGAUCCACAGUUGUCUUUAUUGAUGGCUAAUCAAGCCCAAGUCAAGGAUGGGGACAUUGUCUUAGACCCCUUUGUAGGCUCUGGGUCUCUUCUGGUAGCAGCUGCAGAGUUCGGCGGUUUUGUCUUAGGAGGCGACAUCGAUUAUUUGAUGUUGCACGCAAGAACUAGGCCAUCACGAAUUAAACAAAAGGAGAGGGCAGCUGAUGAAAGCAUUAAAGCAAAUAUGGAACAGUAUAAUUUACAACAUAAAUAUUUAGAUGUGCUCAUAAACGAUUUCGCUUCAUCUUUUUGGAGAGAUGAUGUUGAGUUCGAUUCAAUAAUAACCGAUCCCCCCUAUGGGAUCCGAGAAGCAACAGAACGAGUGGGCACAAGUAAAGAAAACUUCACCGUGAGCGAAAAACACCUACCCACACACAUUCCAGCUAAAAUUGAAUAUGGAAUUUCUAGCAUUUACAACGACUUGUUGAAAUUUGCCGCAAAACAUUUGAGGCUGGGUGGGAGGCUUGUUUGCUGGUUUCCUGUCUUUAGAGAAGACUAUUCGGAAGCGGGUCUUCCCUCACAUCCGUGUUUAAAACUGGUGGCAAACAGUGAACAAAUCUUGACUAAAAUAACGUCACGAAGACUUUUAACGUUUGAAAAAGUUCGCAAUAUUAACCCAACGGACGAUUCCGAUCAGAAUAAAAUUGUGGACUUUAGAGAAAAAUAUUAUGUCGCUCGGGAGGAAACAAGGAAAGAAAAGCGAAUGCGGGAAGCCAGGAUCCGGAAAGAGAACUGGAUCCAAUCACAAAAGAACAAUCCAAUUUGAAAUAAAUUUAUAAUCAUUUUUUAAAA